GGGUGUUUAUGAUUUCUGAGAGAAGCAUUGGUCUUUCUGUGUUUCAUUGCAUAUAUUGUAUAAAGAAUUCAUCUUGGGUUUCUUUCCUUUGUCCCGCAUUUGGGUCGUUUGUGUUUCAGGAUUCUGUUUUCUGGGUUUAUUUUGAAGUACUUCGUUUUGGUGUACGGUAUUUGGCGACUGGACAUUUGAGCUAGGGUUUGCAGAUUUGGGUCAUCAUUUUGGAGACAAUACUUAGUGUACUAGUUUCCUCCAUUUUCUUGAUUGCUGCCUUGUGUUUUUCACAAAAUAUGGAUUCUGGAGGUUCUGCUUGUGGAUGUCUAGAUUCUUCAAAUAAAUUGUUGGAAAACUCAGGUGAUGUUUGCACUAUGGAGGCUAUUAAGGAUGUUCUUCAGCCACCCACUCCUGACACAGACAGAGAGAUUGGAGACUUCCCUUAUGAUUGUAAAUCUCCCAUCACUGCAGUUAGUAAACCACUAAAAGUUCAUUGCUUUGAUGAUGGUGAUUUAAGUCGAGACCUAUUUGCUUCUAUUGAUAAUGGCAGCCCCAAAACACCAAAGGAUGGUGUCUUUGAUCCGUUUGCUCCUGGUCCAGAUGGCAUGGUGUUAGCUCCUCUCUGUAAGAAAUAUAUUGAUGAAGUGAGGACUAGUGUUGCACGUCGCUUGAAUUUUGAUUUUCCUCUCAAAAGGAUACGCUUUGGAAGUGGAACUACUAGCAUGGAGGUGGAAUCUAUUUCUGAUGAAGAAAUGAUUGAAUCUUUUUAUGAAAAUAUCUUGGAAACUGUUCUUACAAACCAGGCUGAGGAUCUUUUUGCUGAAAUUGCAAAAGUAGAAGGGAAUUAUGAUGGUUGCAAGACACCUCAUUCAGCUCCCCGAUUAAAUGGAUUUGCUGAAACUUGCCCUGGUGCUCCUAUCAAACCCUCUGGGAAAGCUAGGAACAUAGAUCUGGGACUGUGCAGAAAGCUGGAAUUCUAACAAUAAAGGACUCAAGUAGCUAUAUGCGGUGAAUAUGACAUUUUACUGGCAACUGAAUUUGCUUAAAAAAUGGUAUUCUAUUUUUGAAGUUUAACAACUAUGCCUCUAAAUUGUAACUUGUUGGCUCUGAGAGGAAUUCUGUGUUAGUCUGACCAUGCUUGUAGCAGUAACAGUAAGUUGUAUAGUAAUUUCUAAGUUCUAACACUGUAUUUGUACUACUGCAAAUGUUCUUCGCUUGACAUAGGAAUUACUAUCUGUAGUCUUUUAGACAAAAGAUUGUUUAUUGUUUGUUUAUCAUACCUUUUUGGGUUACAUUAUUUAUGUGUAUUGGUUUUUUACCAUAUUGUAUCUGCAACCUUUUAGUGGAUGUUGAUUUGUAGAAGAGAAUGAAACUUGUUAUGAUUGGGAUCAUGGCUAGGACUCUUCUUUUCUGUUAUUUUCCGGGCAAAAUAUUUAUUGUAUGGAUGAAAAUCGUGAAGAAUCUGGCCUGGGAAGGUGUUUGUUCAUGUCAGUAAAGAUUUUGGGCUGGGUUCGCUUGUGCUCAAUCUGUUGGGUUUGCUUUCUAGAAACCGGGUGUAACAAUAACUGUAUAACCAUUUUGUGUCUUAGCUAAAGGUUGUUAUGCUGGGGCUCGGCUGCUGGACUAUGCAUCUGUUUGUGGAUUUUAAACCAUGAAAGGCUUCCCUUUUCCGAGAAGGUUUACCUUCUUUUUGGUACAAUCAUUUUGUUGAGAGUUGCUUCACCGGCUCGUUAACCAAACAUGUUUCUUUGCUUUUAAUUCAUUUCUUUUUGGGAAUGAGAUCAUAGACAGCUUGUGAAAUCCUUUUACUCUUGUAUUUUUGCAGUAAUAAUAGAAUUUUUCACUU